AUGCCUGUGGAAGUUGAUUUGAAACGUGCCUACACGUUACUUUAUGAUGACAAGAAACCCCAGGAAGCAUUAGAACUUUACGACGCGAUCUUAGAGCAAUCCUCCGAGAAUUUCACCGCACACAUUUACAAAGCAGCAUGUUUGGAGAAAUUGUACUACGGCCAUAGGAGCUGGCACAACGAAACAACAAUGCAGAACGCAUUGGAGUUUCUGGAGAGUGCUGUCAAAAUUGCCGAUAAAAGAGGAGACCGAGCGAAAUUGGCUUUCGCCAAUUUUAGACUAUUUGUUCAUUACUACAACUGUAAGGAAUAUCCACUUUCGAAAGGGUUUUUUGACAAAUCGCGUAAGCUAGGGUACCAGGACGAUACGAUUGGCAUUUGGGAGGCCAAUCUGAAAGCCAAGAUUGCAAAAUGGGAACGAAAGCAUGGCCCACUCGAAGCUCAAGAAGUGGCACCUACCACUACUACUAAUAUCCAAAAAGACCUAGCGGAUCCUUCAAAGCUAACUGAAGAGCCAUUAAUUCUGGAAAAACCAGCUUUUAAAGCUGAUUGGUAUCAAUCAACUACUUCUUUAACUAUCUCUUUGUUCACCACAUCGCUCCCAAGCAGCCGAGAGUCUGUGAGCGCUCGAGUUUCCCCCAGCCUUCGGUACCUAGAGGUCUCAUAUUUGAUUUCACAGACAGGUUCGGAGUUUCAGUACAACACCAGAUUAUCCCAUGAGGUUGAUCCAGAAGAAAUAGGUAUAAACGUUCUGGCUAAGAAAAUAGAAAUCACACUCAAGAAAAAGGAUAAGAUUCAAUGGAAGCGCUUGGACGAUGCAGCCGAGAGUUCAACAUCACCAGUGACUGCUCCUACAUCAUCCUCAACGCGCAAAACCGCACACUCUUAUCCAUCCUCGUCCAAAAAAUCAACUGACUGGUCCAAGUUUGACGUGGACGAGGAGGAGCAGAACCAGUCUGCUGACGCUUUUUUCCAUCAACUGUAUUCGAGGGCAGACCCUGACACUCAAAGAGCAAUGAUGAAGUCGAUGGUAGAGAGCAAUGGAACUGCUUUGAACACAAACUGGGAAGAGGUAGCACAAAAGACGGUGGAAAUGGUCCCCCCUGAAGGGUCCGAGCCCAAAAAGUGGUAA